AUGUCGUUUAAGCGUAUAUAUCAAAAGGAUCUUAACGAGAUUCUCUUUGGUGUAUGGGAUGAGGGUGUAAACCAUAACGUUCCGCUCGCGAGAGUUCUUGUCUUUGGUGAAACAACGGCAAUAUAUCAGCAGACCUUUGAACGGCUUUCUCGAACUUUGGAUUCCGCUACUGGCAAGCCUUUACGGUUCCGACAUAUCCACCAAGAGGGUAUCUCAGCUGUGAUGAUGGAUAUGAGUAGUAAACAGGCGAGCGGACUCGGGCGCUUCCUCGAGGUACUCGCCCCCCAGAUGGAUUGGCGUACGCAUAUCCAGAGUACAGUAAUUUACUGUAGCGUACACUUUACGCGUUCAAUCCAUCGUGCGGUAGGAAAGGAUUAUAGCCCUGUUAUCGAGAAGAUGCAAUCGCUACGUAGUGUUACUUCCCAGGUAGCAUAUACCCAGGUAAUCGCAGAUCUGAUGAAGCACGAAAAAGCGGAAAUCCGGAAUUGGGCAAAGAACAAGGCAUCGCCAAUUAUCCGUCCAGGGAUUAAUCACGUCUGGAGUACUAUGCCUUUAUCGACAUACCGAUCGAUCCGUGGCCAUUCGAACUCUAUUGAGUCUAUAGGUAUGCAGUCCUAUAGAGCAGGACAGCGGAUGGAUCUCCUUCCAGCGAUUUUCUCUGCUGCGAUCAUCGACCAGAGGAUCCAUACUUCGCGGAUUAUCCAGUUUCAAACCGGAAUUCUCAAUCGAUCUCGAAACGAUGGGCCUGUUGCGCUUUGGCGGAAGCGUACCUUUACCCAGCAGGAGAACGAUCCGGAUGAUUUUAUAAAUACGCCAGCUACAGAGCCGUCAAGUUCCGCAGCAGUGGAUAGAUUAGACUCAUCGCCUAUAAAGCAGUCGCAGAGAACGUUGUCAACACCCUCACGGAAGGACGCAGAAAAAGCCCUUGAGCUAGAGGAGCGGAAGCUAGCACUCGAGGAAAAGAGGGAGCGGGUACGGUUAAUGAGGUUACAAAACGAGCAAAUGGAGCGCUAUUUAGAGGAAUCGUCUAGAGGUUCGAUAGCUAGAUAA